AUGUCAAAUGAAGAUCAACCAAAAUGUCCUGUAGAUCAUUCUACAAGACAGAGUUGGCUACAGAAACUAACAGGAUCCAAUAAAGAACCAACACCACCGACAACAAAUCCCUCACAGUCACAACCACAACCACAACCACAACAUGAUCAACCAGUAUGUCCAAUAAAUAAUGAAGCAAGGUCAAACUGGUUAAAUAAAGUAUCAGUAACUAUACCAGAAGAUAUAGAAACAACAAAAACAUGUGGUUCUACAAAUAUUACAAAUACAUUACAAGAUCAAACCACCACCAAAAUAAAUUUACCAACUCAAAGAGAAAUAAGUUCUAUACCUCGUACAUCAUCAAAUUCAAAUUGGAUUUACCCAAGUCAGAAACAAUUUUUCGAAGCUAUGCAACGAAAAAAUUGGAAUCCCGAUUCUUCAGAUAUGAAAGUAAUCGUUCCAAUACAUAAUUUAGUAAAUGAAAGAGCAUGGAAACAUAUUAUAAUGUGGGAAGGUAUCAAUUACAAAAAAGCUCUUGAACAAUGUGGUGGAAUAACUUUAACUUCAUUUAGUGGAGAUUCCACCAAAAAAACACCAAGAGCAUGGUUCAAAACUAUAAUAGGUCAACAGCCACCAUUUGAUAGACAUGAUUGGAAAAUCAAUAGGUGUGGUUUAGAAAUUGAAUAUGUUAUUGAUUUUUAUAAUGGUGAAAAUAAUCAAGUUUGGCUUGAUGUUAGACCUAAACUUAAUCUGUUUGAAGGGAUUAAAUUAAGAUUACAAAAAGCUUUUGGAUUAAACUAA